AUGCCAUAUUACAGAUCGAACGCGAAUCCUUCCCGUCCGAUUUGUUGGUAUUAUGCUAACGGAAAUUGUAACAGAGGGACAAGUUAUCAUUUUUCGCACAAACAAGAAGAUACUAGUUCUCAAAGUAAUAACGAUGGGAGUGGUACACGAUACAACUCUAGUAAUGGGGAAAGUUCGUUGUAUAGGUCGAAUUUUAACUCGAACUGUCAUCAAAAUAAGAGUGUUCCAUCGGUUUGCCGUUAUUUCUUGGAAAAUCGUUGUAUGUUUGGAGAUUCAUGUUGGAAUAAACAUGACAAACCUGAUGACAUCAUCAAUGAAGUGAGCUUUACUAGCACUAUCCGUAUUCGGAAAAACGACUUGAAAGAUCAAAAAAAACAAAAUGCAAAAAAGGUUGAUGAAGAGGAGUAUAUAUGUGGUAUUUGCUUCGAAUCUCCUAAAGUAUUUAAAUUAUUUGGAUUGCUUGUACAAUGCGAUCAUGUGUUUUGUUUCCGUUGUGUAAAAAAAUGGUUCAAACCAAUUACAAACAACAAUCGUUUUCAAAUUGUUGAUAACACCAAGACAUGUCCCACAUGCAGAACUUUUUCUCCAUCUUUUGUUGGUUCAAGUCGUUUUGUAAAAUCUGGAACUCAAAAGGAUCAAAUGUUUUUAAGGUUCAAAAAAUUUAUUUAG